CUAGAGGAGGCGCCGGCUCUCGCCUUUCCUUCUCCACCUGCAGCGCUGUUAACCAGAGAUCAUCUGCUAUAGGAUCUUUGCUGUUAACAGCGGCAACGACAACCAACACCGGCCUCUCCUUUUCCGGGACUCGCCCUCCUGCAGCACUGUUGGUAGCAGCUGCAACCAAAGAUUAUAGAGCAGAGCAGAGCUCUAUAAUCUUUGGCAGCAACAGCAACAACAACAACAACAACAACAACAACUAGCAGCAGCAGCAACAACAACUAGCGGCGGCCUCUUCUCCGGGGACCCUGCCAUGGGGUGCUGCGGGUGCGGCGGCGAGGAGGGCUCAGAUCGACAAUGGAAGCCUCUGGAACAACGCAGCUGCACGGAUGUACUGUGGCUACUGAUAUUUAUUCUGUUCUGUGUUGGCAUGGCUAUCAUUUGUGGCUUUGCUAUAGCAUCUGGAGCUGCACAGAGGCUGGUAUUUGGUUAUGAUAGCUAUGGAAAUAUUUGUGGUCAUAAGAACACAAAAAUUGAAGACAUUGAAUUGAGCGGUAAAGACCUUACAGACAGAAAAAACGUUUUUUUCUUCGAACCAUGUAAUUGGGAUACGCUGAACUUUAAAAUCAAGUCAGUAGCGUUAUGUGUGGCUAAGUGUCCGGAUAUGGAUCUUAACUCACUCGAGGAUGUUCGCAAUUUUGCCAAUAAUAAUGGUUCUUAUCUGUGCAAAUAUAAUCUGAAAGUAACUGAGUACACAACACAACAUUUCAAGUCGUGCCCCAAGCUUCCUGUUAAAUCGAGUAAACCUAUUCCAUUCUUCCAUCGUUGUGUCCCAAUGGAUAGUGGCUGCAAAAAUAUUAAGGCCCUGGCCACCUUCGUCAGUUACAAUAGUGUCUUGCAGAGGGUGAUUACUGGAGUAAUGACCAGCAAAGAAAUUAUAGUGGGACUUUGCUUAAUGUCUCUAGUUUUGUCGAUAUUGUUGAUGGUUAUAAUCAGAUACAUCUCCAAAGUGCUCAUUUGGAUCCUUGCAAUUCUCACCAUCAUUGGUUCAAUUGGUGGUACAGCUGUCCUUUGGUGGUUGUAUGCUGAUCAUAAAAAGUCACAUAAAGUAGACGACGAGGUGGCAGCAGAUAAUGUUAAAGCCUUAUUAGUGUAUGCCAUUGUAGCAACAGUAAUCACGGUAAUUUUACUGCUGUUAAUGCUAAUAAUGAGAAAGCGUGUGGCCCUUACAAUAGCCUUAUUCCAUGUGGCAGGGAAAGUGUUCACUCACAUUCCACUUCUCAUUUUUCAAUCACUCUGGACAUUCCUUGCCUUGGCAUUUUUCUGGGUCUAUUGGAUUGCAGUGCUCUUGUUACUGGCCACAGCAGGCAAUCCUGAAAAAAAAUCUAAGGAUUAUGUUGAGUUUAAGGUCUCUGGUCCUCUACAGUAUACUUGGAUUUAUCAUCUAGUUGGUCUCAUUUGGAUCAGUGAGUUCAUACUGGCCUGUCAACAGAUGACUAUAGCUGGAGCUGUAGUAACUUAUUAUUUUACCCGGGACAAGCGUAACUUGCCAGCAACGCCAAUCCUUUCUUCCAUGUGUCGGCUGGUAAAAUAUCAUCUGGGAACCGUAGCCAAGGGUUCCUUCAUCAUCACUUUGGUAAAGAUCCCACGAAUGAUCCUUGUGUAUAUUCACAGCCAGCUCAAAGGCAAGGAAAAUGCUUGUGCAAAGUGUAUGCUGAAAUCGUGCAUGUGUUGCCUCUGGUGUUUAGAAAAGUGCCUGCUCUAUCUCAAUCGGAAUGCAUAUAUAGCAUCAGCCAUAAACGGUACCAGCUUCUGCACAUCCGCCAAGGAUGCUAUCAUGAUUCUGGUGGAGAAUGCACUGAGAGUGGCAGCAAUUAAUACAGUUGGUGAUUUUGUGCUGUUACUGGGAAAGCUCCUUAUCGUAUUUAUCACAGGUUUUGUUGGUAUAAUACUACUCAACUAUCAGCGAGAUUAUACAGUGUGGGUCCUGCCACUUAUCAUUAUUUGCCUGUUUGCCUUCUUCGUGUCACAUUGCUUCUUGUCCAUUUAUGAGAUGGUGGUGGAUGUCCUUUUCCUCUGCUUUGCGGUUGACUGCAAAUACAAUGAUGGGAGUCCUGGACGAGAGUAUUACAUGGAUAAAGGUUUAAUGGAAUUCAUGGAUGAUAGCAAGAAAGCAAUGCGAUCUGCCACUGGUAAUGUGGCUGAAAUGAGAUCAAUGGCCUCUGGAGCUGGUAAAGCUUGAUUUCAGGAUAUCUGUGGAGCGCAGGCAAUACAUCACCUUUGUACCUUUGUGCAUUCCUAUUAACCACAAAAGAAGGGAGUAAAUCUUUUUUUUUUUGUUGUUUUGUUUAAUAAUGUGUUUGGAGGUUAAUUUGAUUUUAACCUUUUCUAAUUAGAAUGUUGCCAAUUUGCAGUAACAUGGAACUUGUUCAAAGCUGGGUUUAGCUGUAUGACAGAAAAUGUAUAUUAACAUGCAGAGGAAGAAUCUUAUAACCAUUUACUGCUUUGGAAAGUGACCAUUUUUGUAACAUUUUGCUUUAUAGAUAUUAUAAUCAUGCACUCAUUUUGAAUGCAGAACCUGCAGGAUAUUUUAUAUGAAAGCGGUGCUGUAGUACUUUUUAAAAUAGCAUAACGAUAUUUUAAAUAUUUGCUUCAUUUGGCUUGCGUAGCACUUUGCAGUCCUGUUGCAACAUUCCUUUGAAACUGCUAUGCUAAAAAAACUCAGGAUGAAACUGUCACCUUUCAAUAACUUGUCAGGGAAACUAUUAAACCUUGGGUUUCUAUAAAUGGAUGUAACUAAAUAUAGUAUGCGGGGAUGUUUUGCAUGCAGGAUGAAAGAUUGGUCACAGAAUGUGUAGUCUUGAAUCUGGGCUUUACUCGGCUCCUGCUGCGGGGAUCAUUCAACAGGAAGAUGAAGCACUAGAGAUCAAAACAUUUUGUUUGUUAUUUGGCCUCCACUGAGAGAGCUGACCACAACUAAGAAAGUAGAUGAGGCCCAUAGUUAUCAUUGGUGCCUCUGAGUUAGAGGUUGGGAGAAUGAUUAGUUGUCUUUUGAUUGCUGGUUGUCACCCAGAGACACAGAGGAAGGAGCUUAUGGAUGUUGGACAAGUUUAAUUGGAUGAUGUAGCUUGCCCUCAGAUGCCUGAGGAACUAAAUCCUAUCGGGUCUAGGGAAGGAAGAUUUGUAUUUAUAGUACAGCAGCAAAUUUCAUUUGGGAAAGUGCUGAACUUGCACAUUUUAUUUAUAUUGCCAUUUGGUAAAUAGAGCGAGGUAUAGCUGUGGGAGAGCUGGCAGUUUGGGGCGAUGGUGUUGGAUGUGUUGCGAGGUGGAAUGAUAGCCAUAAAGUUUGCAAUAAAGACUGGGAAUAGUGGAGAUAUUGAGGUCAUGCAGCAUCUCUGGGGAUCACUGCCUGACCUGAGUUUAUCCAAUAUUUUCCGUUAAAUGCAAAUUUGGUUUAGUGCCAGAUGACGGUUGAGCCGUUAUUAACAUCAAAUUCCAUUUACUUUAUCAUCUAAAGUGUGUUUUGUUCCCUCUUAGUUUCCAAGAUAAUAAUGCAAAAAAAAAAAGUCACAACUUAUGUUGCAACGUCCAUAACACUUGCUUGAAAUUAUCAGGUCUUUGAAUUAUAGGUUUCUUGACAUUGCCCCUAACUCAGCUGAUUAGUAAGUCUGGAGUUUAUUAGAUUGCCAGAGUCAGGUCACUGUCUGUGUGUUGUGAAUAAAAUUAUAUUACUGGCACCCUGAUAAGUUGAACCACCACUAUUAGUGUGUUGUAAGGCUUUAGCUAGGACGGGUGGUACAAAAUCCAUAGGGUCAUAUGCAUUGUGCACCUAUCUAUCCUAUAAUGUAGUGUCUCCUGCAGCAAAAUCCUAAACUUACUGAAGGACGUUAUAGUUAGCCUUGUUAAUCAUGUUCAAAAUCUGCUACUUCAUUCCUGCCAAUCCAAUCACAAUUGUCCUAUGAAUACAUCUAAUAAUUAGAAAACCAAUAAGUACUGAACAAAAUGGUGAGAAUCAUUUUGAUAGAAGAUAAGAGAUAAAGCAAAAUUAGAUGUCAUAGAAAUCCGAAACCGAUUUAAGACUGUCCAAAGAGGAGAAAAGUAUAGAAUAAAUAAAUGCAUUUGUAAUAAAUAAAGAGUCAAUUGUAAUAAAUAAAGAGUAAUAAAUAAAUACAUUUGUGGGGAAACUGGACACGCACAUGAAGAAGGUUACACUGGUAGAUUUAGACAAGGCUAUACUAGAAAGGGCUUGAAUGGAGCAUUAACAGGUUAAUUGCCUGCUUCCAUGUUGUACACCCUACGUAAUCAAAUAUACUCGGGGCUUUAUAAAGAUUUAGUUAACUUUUAGUCAUUUGCAUGUGAUUCCAAAAUUGUAUUGUAGAGCCUUUUCAAAAAGGAAGAGAUGCAACAACUGCUGCAGUGUAUUAGUGCAACUCCAAAGUGAAUUUGUAAUAACUAGAGUGUAAGGUUAUGUCAGUUUUCUUUUCUCUUCAUUUGUAUUGCUGGGAAUUGGCGUCACUUGUUGCCAUAGUAAACCAUUGAUUGUUGUUGCACUUUUGAAGCAAAAGCUGAAUGGUUGAUAAAAAUGUGUGAAACUAAAUUAUCUAUCUGUACUGUUCAUCCAUCUUUUGUGAAAUCAGAUGCCCAGUCAGUUCAUUGUGUACCCUUGAUGAAAUUUGAUUUUUUUUUUUUUUUUUUAAAUUGGUGAUAAAACCUUCGGUUUAAAGGAAGCUUCAAAACAACUUUUUAAGGGACCAAACUGAAUUGACGUCCAUGCUAACUUUUUAAUUUAAAAUUUUUAAUCUCAAAACUUGCUGACUUCAUAUGGUAGUGACUCGAGUCAAAUAAUUAUGUCUGUAGUUGGCAAAAAUUUGAAGGGUAUUUGACCUGUAUCUAGGUCCAUUGGAAGAUUUUGUACUCUGUAAGCUGUCUGGUCUACUUUCAUGGGUUCUUGCAAUUAUAAAGCCAUGAGUUUAAAACAUAGUUCAAAGUCUGUUACCAUGUUCAUUAAAACACCUGGAAUACGCUAUUGACCAAAUAGUUGGAAAAUGCUCAGGGCGAGUUCUCUUCAAUGUGCCAUUGGCAAAUCCUACAGAGAAUUGUGUUGUGUAUUUCUUGCAUUGGCUGUUGUCUGCUGUCACUAGCUACUGUGCUCCACUAACUGAGAUUUUUUUUAAUAUCAUGUAGUUGAUUCCUGAUGUAUCAUUUUUUUAACAUUUGUACAUUAAAAUUUUAAUAAAAUUGCGAUGACUUGUU